AUGGCGCGGGAAACGGCACGGCGUCCGGCACUUGGCGCAACGCCGCGGGCCCCAGCGCUACCAAAUCCCACGCACAUUUCCCUGUCAAAUUCAGACUCCCGACGAUCCUCUCUAGGGCCCUCAAGACGCGGGUCAGAGCAGGCCGCGAUCCGCAACACCGAGAACGCCGUACAACAAGAGCGUCGAGGUAGCAACGACCCAAUCGCGUCAGCAAACCUAACCACCAUCCUCAUCCACCAACAAGCGAAGCAGCAGAAAAACGCCCAGCUCCCCGCCACGCAAGAGAGGCGACACUCUGUCUCGCCAGCGCGCAAGCCGGAGCUCGGCCUCGACACGCCCUCUGACGACAGGACGUCGGACCAGCCCUCAAAGGCAGAUAGCCUCCACCUCGCGUCCGCCGUCAACGGCUCCCUCGAAACCCCGCCACUGUCAUCCCAAUCUGACAUCCCGCGCCAGGGCGUCGUGAACACUGACGAGGAGCAGGAUGCCAGCUGCUGCGCCACCAACCCCGCUGGCGACCGCAGGAAGUCAGAGAAGCGGAGCACGUGGCGACGGAAGGAGAAAGAAGCGGCUGUCGCGGAGAAGAGCCCAGUGACCAGUCUGACGCCUGUCGCGUCGAGGAGCUCGAGCACGCCAAAUGUGAAUACGCAUACGCGGACGGUACUGGAAAGGACGACGAGCGAGGGGAAGGAGGGGGAUGGAAGGGGAAGCAAGUUUGGGUUUAGGUUCUGGAGACGAAAAUUUAGGGGCGAGGAGAGGGAGGGGAGUCCUGUGCAAGAGGCUCAGCAGAGGGAGAGAGCGGAGGAGGGGACGGUUUCAUAA